CAUCGAUGAAAUAUGUUGUCCAUGCAUCAAGACAGAUGUAACAGUUUCUCCGUCUACUCGAUUGUAUCUCACCGUUUCCUAUCAUCAAAAAUAAAAUAUCUCGGUAUAUUCCGGCUGAGGAUUAUCCGCCACACUAUUCUACCCAUAUUUUUAAAACCAAGCAACACUAACGUCAAUACCGAGUCAGUUUUGGCGACCGCUUAUUUUGCGUUCAGAAUUUCGUUCAUUGUUCAGUGUGUUCCCAACGCGUCGCGAAGAUGGGUUAUUAGAACACUCAUGCUGUCGUGUUCCAUCUUUAGAAAGCGUUCGACGUCGAUUCAGUGAUUUCUUUUAUAUGUUGUGCGUGUUUUGUUUUAUUAGUUUUGUUUAGAUAUUCGUGAAUAUUUUCAUUGUUUCGUUUUCAACCAUGAUCUUCGAAUUUGACGUCGAAAUAUAUUGCAACGGCGUCGGCGACUCGUCGAGCAGUUGCAGCCCCGGCGGUCCUGGAGGCGGUGGUUUGUGCAACUCCAUCCCUACAUCCCCGAUGGCGAUCAACGGAGGCGGGAUGAUGGGCGGUGGAGGUGCCGGAGACAGCCUGGGCAGCGCGAAUGGCAUGAGUGGUGGUGGGGGAACAACGUGCGGUAGCGCCUCGGACAGCGGAGAUCAGAUGGACGCCGAGGCGCGCGAAAAAGAGCUGCAAAGGAGGAAGGAGGAGGCGAAACGGAAGCGCAGGAAGAAGAAGAGGACCGGCUCAUCCGUCGUCAGCUCGUGCUUCCAAGACCUGUAUAGACUGACCGGCGAGGUAUUAGGCGAAGGUGCGUACGCGAGCGUCCAAACGUGCGUGAACAUCUUCACCGAACAGGAGUUCGCCGUCAAGUUGAUCGACAAAGUGCCCGGACACGCAAGGGCUAGGGUCUUCAGGGAAGUAGAGACCUUCCACCACUGCCAGGGGCACCCCAACAUCAUACAGCUCACAGAGUUUUUCGAGGACGAAGAAAAGUUUUAUUUGGUUUUUGAGAAGGUGAAUGGAGGGCAGCUGUUGCGCAGGAUCCAAGAGCACAAGUACUUCAGCGAAGCGGCCGCCGCCGAAAUAAUCCGCGAGGUGGCGUCCGCGUUGGCGUUCAUGCACGCCAAAGGCAUCGCGCAUCGCGACCUCAAACCAGAGAACAUCCUGUGCGUGUAUCCGGACCGAUUGUGUCCGGUGAAGAUCUGCGACUUCGACCUCGGGUCUGGAAUCCGGUUCCAAAGCAGCGUUGCCAGCCCGCUCGCUACGCCUCAGCUGCUUACACCAGUGGGUAGCGCUGAGUUUAUGGCUCCCGAGGUGGUGGAGGCGUUCAUCGGUGAAUCAGAGACGUCAACGUACGACAAGAGGUGCGAUCUUUGGUCGCUAGGUGUCAUAGCGUAUAUCCUGUUGUGCGGCUAUCCGCCUUUCUAUGGGAAAUGCGGAAGGGACUGUGGAUGGGAAAGAGGAGACAACUGUGACAGGUGUCAGAGGAUGUUGUUUAACAGCAUUCAGGACGGAAAAUAUGAUUUUCCAGAGGCGGAGUGGGGCAAUAUUUCUGAAGAGGCUACGGACCUUAUUUGUAAGCUACUAGUGAAAAACGCAAGCGACAGAAUUAGUGCUGGUGAGGUGUUGGAGCACCCGUGGCUGCGUUGCGCCUCUUCAAGCGCCGCCCUGUCGACGCCGAACGUCAUCAAACGCAACGAUUCCGCGCUGGAAUUGAGCCAGUUCGCGGAGUCCGCAAUGGCUGUGAACCGAGUGGUGCAGCAGCAUUUCAGCAUGAAGCUCGACUACCUGGCCGAGGGCAGAGAAACGAAGACGAAGGGCGGCCGAGGAUCGGAACGGCUAUUCGGCCUCAGUCCGCCCAGCGAAAGUCACAUCUUGCGCAGGCGCAUCCGACAGGCGACCUGCAAAUUCGGCGGCAGCUGUCAGUUCUUGAUGUUGCCGCCUCCCGGCAAACAGCCCAUCUCUAGCCCGAGCGGGUAGCCCAAGGUGUUUCCGCCCGAGAGGUGGCGUUAAACGUUCGGUACUGGCAGCGAGUUAGAAAGAAAAUGUUUUAAAAGUGCUCAGCGUCGGUGAAUCGUGAGGAAAUAUGGGUAAAUUCGCAUCAAUAAGUUUCCCAUCUCGGAAAAUACUGUUUAAAACAGUUUUGGGAUGGACCAUUUAGAGAUCAUCUUGAAAAUUUGAAAUCUUAGAAUAGAACGUUCCUAUAACUUAAAGCUACAUCAACAGGAACUAAAAAUCACAUCGCUUGCAUGUAAAACAUGAUUAUUUUUAUUUCUAGAAGUAAACGAUUAUGAAGUAUUAAACCUUCAAUAAAAAGAAAAUAUCCUGGUUUUGAACCUUUCAAUAUAGUUGUGUUCUAUGAUAUGUACUGUUGAAAAAUUUAAAUUUUGUCUAGCGACCUGCAAAUUUUCAAUAUUCUACGAUACUUAUUUAAUAACAAACUUGUUACCUCCGCUUAUCUUCUACCGUACCUUUUUUGAAAUUUUAAAUGUUCAACUUGGCCUCUGACCUUUAAGGUCAUUUCCAAAAAUAUCCAAAUUUCCACAGGUGGGCUCUGAAAGAUAGGGUUCCAUUUAAAAUUCUCGAGUUGAUCUCUGAAUGACCUUGAAGUUUAUUUUCAACGUCAUGUCUAAACCUAAAUUUGUUUGCUCCAACCACCGGUGAGGUCAGAAAGAUAGGGUUCCAUUCAAAAUUUUCGAGUUGACCUCUAAAUGACCUUGAAGCUUAUUUUCAAGGUCACGUCUAAAACUAUUUUUUUGCUCUAUCCACAAGUGAGAUCGAAAAGAUACAGUUCAUUUGAAAUUUUUGUUAACUUCUAAAGGACCUUGGAGGACAUUUUCAAGGUCACGUCUAAACUUAUUUUUUGCUCUUCCCACAAGUGUGGUCGAAAAGAUACAGUUCUAUUUGAAAGUUUUGUUAACUUCUAAAGGACCGUGGACAUUUUCAAGGUCAUGUCUAAACCUAUUUUUUGUUCCAUUUAAAAUUCUCGAGUUGACCUCUAAAUGACCUUGAAGUUUAUUUUCAACGUCAUGUCUAAACCUAAAUUUGUUUGCUCCAACCACCGGUGAGGUCAGAAAGAUAGGGUUCCAUUCAAAAUUUUUUAGUUGACCUCUAAAUGACCUUGAAGCUUAUUUUCAAGGUCAUGUCUAAACCUAAUUUUUUGCCCUAUCCACAAGUGAGGUCAAAAAGAUGCAGUUCCAUUUGAAUUUCAUGUUAACUUCUAAAGGACCUUGAAGGACAUUUUCAAGGUCACGUCUAAACCUAUUUUUUUGCUCUUUCCACAAGUGUGUUCGAAAAGAUACAGUUCUAUUUGAAAUUUUUGUUAACUUCUAAAGGACCGUGGACAUUGCCAAGGUCAUGUCUAAACCUAAAUUUUUUGCUCUGUCGACAAGUGAGGCCGAAAAGAUACAUGUGAAAUUGUUAUGUUGACUUCUAAAGGACAUUUUCAAGGUCAUGUCUAAACCUAAUUUUCUUGCUCUAUCCAAUGGUGAGGUCAGAAAGAUAGGGUUCCGUUUAAAAUUCCCGAGUUCACCUCUAAAUGAGCUUGAAGGACAUGUUCAAGGUCAUGGUCAUUCUUAUUAUCUCGUACCCGUGCAACUUUUAUCUUGACAAUAUUUUUACAAAUACAGUCCACAAAGACUGGCUGAGCCAAAAAUAAAAUUAGGAAGCCUUUUUCUGGCACAUUUUCUUAGUUUGUGGCCCAUGUUCCAAAUUUUCACCAAUGUUGAAGCAGUAAAGGAGUCGUUUGAGAAUAAAUGAGGCAUAGAUAUUUCAACCGUAUCUUCAAAAGAUGCGUAAUUCUAUGCCCUGUAUGCAAGUGCGUUUCCUAGAUAUUCGCAGGUUAGUCAGGUUGUUUGCAAAUAUUGAUACCAUAGUAGUUUAGUUUACUUUAGUUUGUAUUGAGCUGUAGCUUGAUCUUUUUUAUAUUUGGCUAUGACUUUUGAGAGACCCAGUAUCGCUUGGAAUCCAUCAAAAUAUAUUCCAAUAUUAUUUCUUGUUUAUUAAUCGUACUAUUUAUUGCCUAUUGGUAUACAUGGUUCAAUCUGACUAACCUUUUUUGUAUAUUAACACUGAUACUUUGAAUAUAUAAUAAUUAUUUCUAUCAGUUAGUGUCCCAUAUGUCAUAAUAUCACUACGUUAACUGUGUCUUGCACAAAUUGACCAUCGUUAGUUAGUGUAUUGACCAAAAAAAUAACAAAAAAAAAUAAAAACAGUGGUUUUAGUUGUAUUGCUUCAUAGCUUAAUAUACGACGGGAUUUCAAGGUUUUAGUUUAGCAUUAAACAAUACAAUAUCAGUGUUGAACAAAAGAUCGAAACUUGCUGCCAGUACCGAGGAUUACCAUCAUCAUCCUGGGGAGCACUUGCAUUACAAAAUCCAGCAAAAAAAAAAGGAAAUGCACGACUCGGCAUGUUUUUUCAUUCAUGAAAUCAAAUUAAGUUUUCUCAUGUACGUUUUUGAUUUUUAUCCAUUGGCAUAUUUGGAUGUCUAAAUUUGAUUUACCUGAAUUUUGGUGUUGUGUAUUGUACUGUGUCAUCUUGGCCAAGCACAACGAUCCGUUGGUAUUCUGUUGAUUUUUCUUUCUUUUGUAUUUUUCUACUUGAAGCUGAACUAGGAAAUAUGUAAAGGUAUUUUUCUGGCCCGAAAAGUUAUUUUACCGAUUUUCGUCGCGAACCACUCGUCUGUUUUUCAAAAAUAAUCAGUAAAACUCACGUGGCGUGGUUCAGAUAUGGCCAAAGGUUAUGUUCAUAUAGAUCAUCUUAAAGAAAAAUUGAUUCUAUUUUGAAAAAAAAAUGUGCAAUGAUUUAAUUGUUCUGGCUUGUCUCGCUGAAAAUUUAAUGUCAAUCCGGUUUCUUGACUUUUUAGCGGGCUGUUUGUGACUUAAUAAAUUAAUAUACGAUUUCUUCUGCUUCAUAUCCAUCAUGGUUACUAACCGUUUUAAAUAUACGUGGAGCUGAGAUUCUUCAUCUAGGCUAUAUAGCGAAAAAGUGACUCAGAUCUGUCCAUGUGAUGCUGAAAUUUAAAAACUUCCGUCUAUUUACGUAGAUAAGCUUGAUUGUAGAUAUGGUAACAAAAAAAUCUUGAACACGUUCAUUUUGAUAUUUCCGUUUUUAGUGUAUAUACGGCUAUAGGUUAAGGAGGACGUGUCCCUGGGGGAAUCAAAAUUUGCGCCUAUGGCAUAAAUUUGACCAAUGAGAAGGCGUUUUGGAAGUAACCGAUCUAAUGAAUGUGGUUUGCUUGUAAAAUGGUCCCCCAAUUCCCUUAUUAAGGUGACACGUCCUUUGUUUUUUUACAAUUUUUUCAACUUCAUAUUUGCAGCAGUAUUCUAAAUCCUUUUAAUUUUUUUGCCAAAAAAUGCAUUUUUUCUUCAAUCGGAACUUGUUAACAAAUAUAAGUACAGCUCUGAAAUUGUGUGUGAAUAUUCCUCGUUUAUGGAAGAAUGAAACAAGUGAUUACUUUUCUUCUUAUCACUUUUCCUUUUCUAAAAAAUUUUUUUCUAGAAAAUCCAACUUGCUGCGAGACGAGGCCCCAGGACUCCGUGAUAGCAUCUUAAUACUUCAUCAACUAAAUAUGGACGGUUACGAAACCACGCGUUCCAAUGUGAUUGCAACAGAAACUUACCUAAAUUCCCAUGUUCAGCUUUGGCCUAGUUUAGAUAUAUCGCGCUUGAUUUUUUAAUACUUUUGUAUGAUGUGUUGAGAGUUGAUGGUAGAUUGAAGAAGAACAGUCUACAUUUGUGAUAAUAAGUAAGCAUCUGACUGUAGACAGCCGUACCUGCUUUGAUUUCAGUGAGAUACGGGAAUAAAAUUUUUGAGGAAGAUGCCCAUUCUCUAUUUCCACUACACGCAACGGGGUUUUUAACAGAUUCCAAGAAAAUAUCAACAAAUUGACACCAACAAUCGUGAACCUAGUUUGUAUCGCUUUUUGAAAUAGCAGAGGAUCAGGCUCCAGAAGACGGAUUUUGGGGCACACAAAAAUGUUCAUACUGUAAAAGACCCUAAUUCCGUCAGAUUGUUCCUUUUGGGUAGGUCACAGUUUUCCUUAGAAUCAAAUUUUAUAUUUCUCCAAGCAGCGUUUGAACCUAUUUGCUGUGUUGAAAGCCGAAUUGUUUUUAUUUUUCGCAGGUGCGUGCGGGAGAUAGGAAAUGGGUCGUAUUCCGUUAAGUACUGACAGUCCAUUUGUAUUUAAGAGUCCUAUAUAAGUUUGGAUAUUUUUUUAAGAUUUUGUAAUGCUCAAGGGUAGAUUCUCUUUUAUGAGAGAAAGAAUAUUGGAAUGGUAUCCAAACCAGGGCGCGUCAACAAGUACCAAAUUGGCGAAUUUGAUAGGUAACCAAUUUUGACUGAGAAUUAGUUUCAUAAAAUAUUUAAAAAAAAAAUCUGUCUUUAUUUUUUCAAGCCUUACUUUUCUUUAAAUCGUUCAGGCUGAAGACGCAUCACAAGUGACAAGAUUACUUUUAGGUCGUGAGGUGGAAUUCUGUUGCAAAGAACGACAUUUAGAAAAAUCUGGGUUGACAUUUUUUUAAUCGUCCACCUCACCCUGGUGUGAAUUCAGCCUUCAAGAACUAUACGAGUAGCGAGAAAUGAACACUUUUCUUUCUACUUUUUCUUGUCUAUAAAACAACUGCGAGUCUGAUUAUUCGCAAAGAAUUAACGUCAUUCAAAUAGUUCCUCGGAAAUACAAGAAGUGGAUCAAGUUAUCGGAAAACUGAAUGUGAUUUGAUUGGUCUAAAAUUGUUACCAUAUAAAAAAAGGGAUCCCAGUGCAUUGUAUAAUAUUGUCCGCCAUUUUGGUGCCUGUAGCUUCUAGCACUCAGGGUCGUAUUUGUCAAGAGGGAGACGAGAUAUUACAAAAUCUCGUUAGUUGAAUGCAUGUGAAACCAAUUGCAUGAGAAACGUCAAAUCUCCUGGUGUGUGUGGUUUGAUGAUUCUUAUGCAAUUCUAAAUUUGGAAUGAAUGGUCCCUUUUAAGUUGGGAGUUGCCCCUCUUAAUAUAUGGAGUAUUGUUUUUUCUAAGAUUUAUUUUAAGGCAUUUAUCAGUACCAAUCUUCGUUUCCAAUCAGUUUAUACCAAGAAAAUACAGAGUAUAUUCAUAAAUUUUUAUAUAUCAUGGCUAUUACGUCAUGGGUGCCAUUUUUCUAUUUAUAUUUUUAUUACAUAAAAACAAUCGGUACGACAGAUCACUGUUUACGUUUAAUUACAUCUUUCCAUUUUGUCAUCACGUUGAUUUACAGGUUCACAAAAUGUCAACGUUUUUCAUUUGAAAUAGAAUCGAAAGUUUAUGUACCAAGUGUGCUUCAAUUUUUCUUAUAAUAAAGACCGAUUUUUUUAAA